AUGGCAGGCCUUGCGACCCUUGGGGCUAGCCUCCUGCUCCUGAGCUUAUGUGCCCACCGCAUUGACCCUGCAGGCUCUGUGCCCAUCCCCUCUUCCUGCUGCAUGUCCUUCAUUUCCAAGCAAGUUCCCGAGAACCGAGUGGUUAGCUACCAGCUGUCCAGUGCGAGUGUGUGCCCUCUGGCAGGCGUGAUCUUCACCACCAGGAAACGCCAGAAGUUCUGUGGCAACCCCAGGCAGCACUGGGUCCAGAAGUACAUGAAGAAGCUGGAUGCCAGGCGGAAGACGGCGUCCCCUGGGGUCAGGACAAUGAGCACCAAAGCCCCAGUGCAGGGGUACCCUGCCAACACCACCUCCAUCUAA